AUGGCGAACGACGGCGAACAGCCAACCUCCGCCGACAAGGGCAAGGGCAAGGUUGACGAUGUUCGCGAAUUGAAUGGCAAGAAAUCACAAAAGGAUGAGAAGGCACCUGUAGAUGGUAAGAAAAAGGGUGGAGAACCACAGGAAGAUGAGCUCAGUGAAGAAGAUCAGCAGCUCAAGGACGAGCUUGAGAUGCUUGUUGAGCGGUUAAAGGAGCCGGAUACCUCGCUUUACGGGCCAGCACUUGAUGCCAUCAAGAACUUUAUCAAGACAUCAACCUCAUCUAUGACCGCUGUACCCAAGCCCCUCAAAUUUCUCCGCCCUCACUAUGAUCAGCUCGCGGAACUAUAUGAGAAGUGGGAUGCGGGCUCUGUCAAGGAUUCGCUGGCAGACAUGCUCUCCGUGCUCGGUAUGACCUACGGCGACGAGGAGAAGCUGGAAACACUCAAGUACCGUCUCCUCGCCAAAUCCGAGGACCUUGGCUCAUGGGGCCACGAAUACAUUCGCCAUCUUGCACUUGAAAUCGGUCAAGAAUAUCAGAAUCGCUUGAAUGCGGAGAAAGAGACGCAAGAUUUGGUCGAUCUCGCGCUCUCUUUGGUGCCAUACUUCCUGAGUCAUAACGCCGAGGCCGAUGCCGUCGAUUUACUGAGUGAGAUGGAGAUUAUCGAGGAAAUUCCACGAUUUGUUGACGAAAACACGUACCCUCGUGUAUGCUUGUACAUGGUCAGCAUGGUUAACCUCCUCACCUACCCAGAGGACCAACAGUUCCUUCGCACCGCCCAUGAUAUCUAUGUCCGUUACAACAAGCUCUCUCAAGCUAUCGUCCUCGCUAUUCGCCUGAACGACAUUGACCUGAUCAAGAGUGACAUUAACGCCACCGAUGACAAGGCUCUGAAGAAACAGAUGGCUUUCCUCGUUUCACGGCAACAGAUCUGGCUAGACCUGCCAGAGGACGAGGAGGACGAGGCCUUGAAUGACUCACUCAACAACACCUCCAUUCCAAAGCAUUUCAAAUCUCUUGGGAAAGAAUUGAACAUUUUGGAUCCAAAGAUGCCCGAAGACAUUUACAAGACACAUCUAGAAAACAGCCGAGGGGCCGGGCUCACGAAUCUCGACUCAGCUCGGCACAAUCUUGCGAGCGCCUUUGUCAAUUCGUUCGUGAAUGCAGGAUUUGGCGAUGACAAGAUGAUGCUCGUCGACGGAGAGAAGGGGCCGUGGGUCUGGAAGACCAAGGAAGACGGCAUGCUUUCGACCACUGCGUCGCUGGGUAUGCUUCUGCACCGCGAUGUUGACGACGGUCUCGACAAGAUCGAUAAGUUCACCUACGCCCAGGAAGACCAGGUCAAGGCUGGUGCGUUGCUCGCCAUUGGUAUCCUGAAUUCUGGUGUUCGGGCUGAAAGCGACCCUGCUCUUGCACUUCUGAGCGAUCCUGAUGUUUUGGAAGCCAAGAGCGUGCCGAUGCGGGUUGCUUCAAUUAUGGGUCUUGGUUUGGCAUACGCCGGAUCGAACAAAGAGGAGCUUCUCGAAAUCCUUUUGCCAAUUGUGGAGGAUGCUUCAUUGGACAUGCAGCUUUCUGCUAUGGCCGCUGUUUCUCUGGGUCUCAUCUUUGUCGGGUCGUCUAAUCACCAGGUCAGUGAGGCUAUUGCCACGACGCUGAUGGACGAGGAGCGCCAAAAGCAGCUGAAGGAUAAAUGGACGAGAUUCAUGGCUCUCGGCUUAGCUCUACUGUACUUCGGACGCCAGGAAGAAGUGGAUGUCAUACUUGACAUUCUCAAGGCCGUUGAUCACCCCAUGGCCAAGCCCACCUCUGUUCUCGCGUCGGUGUGUGCAUGGGCUGGUACCGGAACAGUAUUGAAGUUGCAGGAACUUUUGCACAUUUGCAAUGAUAUCAUUGAAGAGAAGGAAGAAAACAAGGGUGAUGAACUUGUUCAGUCCUAUGCGGUCUUGGGUCUCUCCCUCAUCGCAAUGGGCGAGGACGUUGGUCAGGACAUGAUCCUCCGCCAAUUCGGGCAUCUAAUGCACUACGGUUCAAGCAACAUCCGCCGAGCCGUUCCUUUGGCUAUGGGUCUUAUCAGCCCCAGCAACCCCCAGAUGAAGGUUUAUGACACGUUGUCACGAUACAGCCACGACAACGAUAAUGACGUGGCCAUCAACGCAAUCUUCGCCAUGGGUCUCUGUGGCGCUGGCACUAACAACGCUCGUUUGGCACAGCUACUUCGUCAACUUGCGAGCUACUAUCACCGCGAUCAGAACUCUCUAUUCAUGGUCCGGAUCGCCCAAGGCCUUCUGCACAUGGGCAAGGGUACCAUGACCCUUAACCCCUUCCACACUGACCGACAGGUCCUCUCACGGGUAUCAGCUGCCGGUCUUCUCACUGUGCUUGUGUCUCUCAUUGAUGCGAAGCAAUUUAUCCUGGCCGAACAUCACUAUCUCCUCUACUUCCUUAUCACCGCCAUGUACCCCCGCUUCCUUGUGACUUUGGAUGAAGACCUACAGCCUGUGACUGUGAAUGUUCGGGUGGGUCAGGCUGUCGAUGUCGUUGGCCAGGCCGGUCGCCCCAAAACGAUUACUGGAUGGCAGACGCAGAGCACGCCAGUCCUUUUGUCUUACGGCGAAAGAGCCGAGCUCGAAGACGAGCAGUACCUUCCCCUAAGCAGUACUCUUGAGGGAUUGGUAAUUCUUCGCAAAAACCCUGACUGGGUCGCUCCAGAAUAA